UGUUGGUAGCCUUAUAUGAAGAGCCAGAGAAACCAAAUAGUGCACUGGACUUUCUGAAGCAUCAUCUGGGAGCUUCAGCUCCUGAGAAUCCAGAAGUAGAGGCACUUCGCUUGGAAGUGGCAGAGAUGAAAGAAAAAUACGAAGCUCUGUUGGAAGAAAAUAAAAAACUGAAAACCGAGCUGGCUCAUUACGAACCACCUCGAGAGGAGAAGCAUGGUGAAUAACAGUAGUUUCUCCUUUAAUGCCAUGACUUAAUAAAGGGCUUCCUGAGAA